AUGGAUGAUGCUAUGCGUCGUAGCAUCUUUGGUUCAUCUGAUGAAUCAGAUGAACCAUCGCCGAAGCGAAGGCGCUCGAGGUCGCGAGACUCGGGCGCUAAUAGUGGUGUCGGUUCUCCUAUUGACACCACUUCGCAGCGAAGUGCCAGUCCUUCUGUCGGCACGUCGCAGGAAGAGCGGGACCGCAGCGUGUUGCGUCUCGCUCCAGAAAAGAAGGCAUGGAUGCCUCCUGAAUCUGUCAUGGAUCACUUGUCGGCGACGACGAGUGAUCGUUAUCGAACACGGUUGUUCGAUUCGUCAAGGAUCCAUCACCUUGACCCAAGCUCGAAAAACUAUCGCGCUGAGAAUGAAUUCUUCAUCGAUGCUUUCUUCAAACAUCGAUGGUACAGUGGGAAUCACAAGCGUGAUGGUCCCUCACUACUUCAAGCGUGGAACGCCUACAUCCAUAACCUUGAGGAUGUAGGUCGUGACGCUUGGAACGACAAACUUAUCAAAGAUCGUGAAAAGUUUAAAAAGCGAACCCCGACAGGUGCACGCUACAAGCUGCAUCUUCUGUAA